GCACGAGGGAAAUUGGGGAGAUGGCCUUAAAACCCCAGAGGCCUAGGAGAGCUUGGAGUUGAACUUGAUGAGUUGGCUGCACCCUUCUGUUUGUCCCAGUCUCACUUUCCGCCAUGCCAUCUCUCUGGGUACAUCCAAAAUGCCCACACCCACAGCCUUUGUUUUGUUUAUUUGCCCUUAGUUGUGAAGUGCCAGGUGCUAAAAUCCAGAAAUAAUCUAAGCUGCAGGGGUUCUGUUUGCCUGGCACCAGGGGGCAGGGCUAAUGGGUUCCUUAGAAAAUAAUUCUGCCUCCCUCCCCUCUCUGUACCCCUGGAAUAGUGAUCCCGGAAGCAGCCAAAAGCAAAAGAGGGACCCUAUCACUGGAACUGCAUUUCCUCACUCAGUUACGUUGUAGAGAAGGGAAGAGGCAAUUGGCCAAUAUUUUCUUUCUCCUUCCCAGUCUUUUUCAAAUCCUGCCGCCCUCCACUUCCUUGGUGUGGUGGGUGUGUGGAGUGGUUGACAAUCUGGAAAAGGGAGACCCAGUGCUGGUCUCAGCUACUGCCACCUCCUGCAUGACUGCCUGAGAGUCGCUGUCCCCUCUGAGUCUCCCUUCUCUGCAGGACAUGGCUGGAGAGGGCAACGUGACCUCUAGGGUCCCGUCCAGCUUACUACUCUGAUAGCCUGACACCCCCAGCACCCUCCUCCACCCACAGGGUGGGGACUUUGUCUGAGGUCACGGAGAAGCUGUGAAUGUGUGGGCUGAGAGCUCCAGGGUCCUUGCAUCACAGCUGGAGAGACCCAAGCUGGGCGACAGGUCCUGAAAGUGUUCUCACGACACUGCACCACGCCCUGCUCACCGAGGCCACGAGAAAAGCCAGCCCUCCUCCCUUCCACUUCAGCUGGGGUCCCUUUGGAGACAUUCCAGGAAAAGGGGGGCACAUACCCCCACUGGGCUUUUCCUGAUGCUGACAGGGGCUGCUCUGGCUGCUCCUAAGUGGAACUCGUCAAGGUGGCAGUGACGGUGCUGAUGGGGACUUCAGGACUUAUCUGGCCUGUGGACCCCUUGAUAAAGGCCAUCAAGGAUGGCGAUGAAGAGGCCUUGAAGACCAUGAUCAAAGAAGGGAAGAAUCUCGCAGAGCCCAACAAGGAGGGCUGGCUGCCGCUGCACGAGGCCGCAUACUAUGGCCAGCUGGGCUGCCUGAAGGUCCUGCAGCGAGCGUACCCAGGGACCAUCGACCAGCGCACCCUGCAGGAGGAAACAGCCGUUUACUUGGCAACGUGCAGGGGCCACCUGGACUGUCUCCUGUCACUGCUCCAAGCAGGGGCGGAGCCGGACAUCUCCAACAAAUCCCGAGAGACACCGCUCUACAAAGCCUGUGAGCGCAAGAACGCGGAGGCAGUGAAGAUUCUGGUGCAGCACAACGCAGACACCAACCACCGCUGCAACCGUGGCUGGACCGCUCUGCACGAGUCUGUGUCUCGCAAUGACCUGGAGGUCAUGCAGAUCCUGGUGAGCGGAGGAGCCAAGGUGGAAUCCAAGAACGCCUACGGCAUCACCCCCUUGUUCGUGGCCGCCCAGAGUGGACAGUUGGAGGCCUUGAGGUUCUUAGCCAAGUACGGUGCUGACAUCAACACGCAGGCCAGCGACAGCGCAUCUGCCCUCUACGAGGCCUGCAAGAACGAGCAUGAGGAGGUGGUGGAGUUUCUGCUUUCACAGGGUGCCGACGCCAACAAGACCAACAAGGACGGCUUGCUCCCGCUGCACAUCGCCUCCAAGAAGGGCAACUACAGGAUCGUGCAGAUGCUGCUGCCGGUGACCAGCCGCACGCGCAUACGCCGUAGCGGCGUCAGUCCGCUGCACCUGGCGGCUGAGCGCAACCACGACGCGGUGCUGGAGGCGCUGCUGAGCGCGCGCUUCGACGUGAACACGCCGCUGGCGCCCGAGCGCGCGCGCCUCUACGAAGACCGGCGCAGCUCCGCGCUGUACUUCGCGGUGGUCAACAACAACGUGUAUGCCACCGAGCUGCUGCUGGAACACGGCGCCGACCCCAACCGCGACGUCAUCAGCCCCUUGCUCGUGGCCAUCCGCCACGGCUGCCUGCGCACAAUGCAGCUGCUGCUGGACCACGGCGCGAACAUCGACGCCUAUAUCGCCACGCACCCCACCGCCUUCCCCGCCACCAUCAUGUUCGCCAUGAAGUGCCUGUCGCUGCUCAAGUUCCUCAUGGACCUGGGCUGCGACGGCGAGCCCUGCUUCUCAUGCCUCUACGGCAACGGCCCGCACCCGCCGGCCCCGCAGCCCUCCAGCAGGUUCAACGACGCGCCCGCGGCCGACAAGGAGCCCAGCGUGGUGCAGUUCUGUGAGUUCGUAUCUGCCCCGGAGGUGAGCCGCUGGGCAGGGCCCAUCAUUGAUGUCCUCCUGGACUACGUGGGCAACGUGCAGCUCUGCUCGCGGCUGAAGGAGCACAUCGACAGCUUUGAGGACUGGGCCGUCAUCAAGGAGAAGGCAGAACCUCCAAGACCUCUGGCUCACCUUUGCCGGCUGCGGGUUCGAAAGGCCAUUGGGAAAUACCGUAUAAAACUCCUAGACACCUUGCCGCUCCCAGGCAGGCUGAUUAGAUACCUGAAAUACGAGAACACCCAGUAACUGGGGCCACGGGGAGAGAGGAGUAGCCCCUCAGACUCUUCUUACUAAGUCUCGGGACGUCGGUGUCCCCAACUCCAAGGGGACCUGGUGACAGAUGAGGCUGCAGGCUGCCUCCCUCUCAGCCUGGACAGCUACCAAGAUCUCACUGGGUCUCAGGGCCAGAACUUUGGCCGGAGCAGAGAACAGAAUGUGUCAAGGAGAAGAAUCAUUUGUUUACAAACUGAUGAGCAGAUCCCAGACCUUCUCUACCUUCAGGAAUGGCAGAAACCUCUAUUCCUGGGGCCAGGGCAGAGCUUGUUCUGGGGAAGAUGGGCUCAGAGCCUUCCCUCCACUUGCUCUGGAAAACUCACCACUUGACUUCAGAGCUUUCUCCCCAAGACUAAGAUGAAGACGUGGCCCAAGGUAGGGGGUAGGGGGAGCCUGGGUCUUGGAGGGCUUUGUUAAGUAUUAAUACAAUAAAUGUUACACACGUGA